UUCAAUCUGCUGACGGACAAAGAUUAAGAUGUCGGAAAACGCGAAAAACAAUAGCUGCCUGCAUUGCAGCGUAUUCAAUACGAAAUACCAGUACCAGGAGAUAUUCGAUGAGUUCGGCAUCGAGCUGGGACUGCAAUCCCUGCUGGCCAAGCACUUCCAGUUCGAUGUGUCCCCCGACCCGCGGAAACCACAGCUCCUCUGCGAAGUCUGCGUCAACAAUCUCAUCAGGCUGUUCGACAUCGAUGAACUGGAGAGGGAAAGGGAUGCGGCCAAGGACCAGGGUCAGGUCCAGGUCCAGGUCCAGCACGUGGCCCCCAGGCAGGAGGAGGUCCAGGCACCUCCGCCAGCUGCCAAGCCUGUCAGGAAGGCAACGACGCCAAAGCCUCUGGCCAAGGUCCUGCGUCCUGUGCCCAUUGUUCCCACGCGGGAACCAAGUGCCCGCAUAAGGAACGCAAUGGCUGCAGCUCAACAGAUAACACCUAAACCAUCUAGCCCUCCUGCGCUGGCCAAGAGCCCUUCUCCGGAGGUGCCUCAACCCAAAAGUGCGGCCAGGUUGGCUCCAAAUAAGGCAGAUCAGGAGCAGAUCAGCGCCCUGAUACAAAACAUCCUGCAGGAAGACGAGGCUACGGCUGACGACGAGUCCAUUGUUGAAGAAGUGGCCUGUGAAGAUCCCCCGACCCCCGGGGAAACGGAAACUGCUGGACAAAUGGUUCUUCUAAACAACGAGUCCGUUGCAGAACCCAAUUUGGAUGAGGAUGUAUACAUAUACGAACACGAGGAUAUUUUGGAUCCGAAUUUGGAGAAUGUCAAUGCCAAACCAUCCAGAUUGAUAGUGAAAGCAGAGGAAAGUCAAAGUGAAGGAGAAGUCGAAGAAGCCGAGCACAGCAAUAUAGUACUCUUCAACUUUGUUGAUAUCAAAGAAAAGGAUGACAUUGAUGAUAUUCCGGAGUAUUUGACCACCGUGGUAAAGACCAGCUUCGAAAAGCUUACCUUUGAGUGGUGUACCGUAUGCAAGCACUGCUCCCUUAAGUGUCCCACUUUUGAAAGUCUUCUGAGUCACAUUUUAAGGACCCAUAAAACCCGAAAAGAUGUCUAUCAGUGUCCCAUUGAAGGCUGCACCAAGGUGCUGAUAGGACGGCAAUUCCUAGCCAUGCACCUGGUUUUAUUGCACGCACCCGUUGCUGAAAUUCCAAUUUAUGGAAGCUGUCCGGAAUGUAAAAUGACUUUUUCCAACAUUUUGCAAUAUAACAAACACUCUUGUGCUCACGUAAUCAAAAAAAAGCGAGGUAUUCGCACAUUUUGUGAAAUGUGCUCUUUGGAGUUUCCAUCCUGGAAGCGCUUCAAUUUCCACAACCAAUUCCAUCUGGAAAAGCAUAGACCACGCGCUUGCUUCGUUUGCGAUUUUGCCAGCACCAAUAUCGAUGAGCUGUUCCAGCACUUGCAUUACUCCCAUGAGCCAGCGGGCACCCUAUUUUGCGACCUUUGCGACCGCACUUUUCGGGACCCCGCAGUUUUCAUGGAGCAUAACAAGUCGCAUGCUAAUGUGAGCAGCACAACAUACUCUUGCGGGGAAUGCAUGGCGAACUUUGAGUCGCGUGGUCGAUUAAAUGGACAUAUGAGGGCUAUGCAUGGCAGCGUUAUAAGCUGCGAGCUCUGUUCCCGCGAAUUCGCCACCGAAGCCACCUACAACAUUCAUAUGAAGAAGCAUCUGAUCAUCGAGCGGGAUGUUCAUGUGUGCAGCUAUUGUGGCCUGCUUAGUAACAGCAGCGAAACCCUACUUGCCCAUGUGGAUGCCGUGAAUUCGCCUUGCUUUGGUACAAAGAUAAACACGGAACUCCUUCGGAAUGCUUACGUCUGCGAGUACUGCACCUCCUACUUUAAGAAAAAGGUCAAUUUGCAGGCGCAUCGCGACUCGGGUGUUCAUAAGGAUGGACUGUACUGGUGUCAGCCGUGCGGCAAAGACUUUCCGCACAUGAAACUGUACCGCCAUCACCUGCGCAACUACCAACAGCUUCGCUCGGACUCGACGCAUCGCAAGCUUGAGAUUUGUGUGUAUUACAUGUGCGAUCAGGAGAACUGCUCUGAGGCCUAUGUAAACUGGAACUCUUUGUACACGCACAAGCGACGCACUCACGAAUCCUCGAACAAGCAGGCGGAGAAGACCGCCAAGACUACCCCAGAAUGGAUUUGCCAGUUUUGCCUAAAGGAAUGCCGCUCAAAGAUGUCCUUGUCUGUGCACGUGGCAAGGAGCCACAAUAAUGACAACGUGGUUUGCCCUUUGUGCAAUGCUUCAUACAAAAGCCAGGAUGCUCUGGCCAAGCACCAUGCCUAUUGGCACGAACCCAUUGAGUGCCCAGAGUGUUUUAAAAUCGUCAAGAAUCGAAGGAAUUAUGACACUCACGUAAAUGUGGUGCAUUCGAAUAAAAAGCGCUAUUCUUGCGGUGUCUGUCAGAAGGGUUUUUAUCACAAGAGCGAAAUGGAGGCUCAUCAGAAGCUUCAUGGACAGUCUUACAGCUGCGAGCAGUGCAGUUUCACGACCAGGAACAAGAAGUCGCUUUCUGUUCACGUCCUCGGUCAGCACUACAAGCGUUUUGCUUUUGAGUGCAAGGUGUGCAAGAAGAGGUUUGGACGUCGGCAGGGCCUGAAUACUCACAUGCAGCGAUCUCACGGCUCCAAGUACAUGUGCCGUGAUUACUUCGAGGGCGGCUGUGGACGCACCUUCGUAAACAGCUCCCAGUUAAAUAUUCAUGUGCGUAGGAUGCACAAGGGAGUAAUUUUACUCCAAGAAGAUGUUGUCGAAGAGGAGGAAUAUGUCGACGAUAAUCCAACGACAUCCAAAAAGCGCUGCGUUCGUAUCAACGACGACAAUAUUGAGUUUAUAGAAGAAGCCGGAGAUGAUCCAGAUGGUAUUGAUAUGGAAGAGGGAGUCGAGGAGGAGGACGAGUACAUCGACGAGAUACCAGAGGAAGACACCCAGAAUUGAGGCUGACAGAUUUCGUUUUUUGCUACCAAUUACUUGAACACAAAUGAUGUCCGAAAAUGACAUUAAUAUGUAUUCCAUAGUACAUAAUACAUAAUUCUAAUGAUAAUGUAAUA